UUGAACGUUUCAGUCGCCUUCGAUUGAAAUGGGUAAAAUGUCGCUUUGCGUUUUGACUUUUUCGGUCGUUCUUCACUUCGCGUGCGGCGCAAAAAUUUUAGGCAUCGUACCAACACCGUCCUACAGUCACCAGGUCGUCUUUCAGCCGUUAUGGCGAGAACUUUCACUUCGAGGACAUCAAGUGACAACGCUUACAACGGAUCCGAUCAAAGAUCCAAAGCUCAAAAAUUUGACAGAGUUCGAUCUGCGCUUUUCCUACGAUGCGUGGAACAAGGAUAUUAUGGACAGUGUUUUUAGUCAUCAGGAGAACGUGUUGGGAUUCGUGCUUAAGAUUUUACAGCAGUACUUCGAUGUUUUCGAAGGGCAGUUACGUCACCCUUCGUACCAAUCCCUGAUUAAUGGAAACGAGAACUUUGAUUUGAUCAUAGUGGAAGCAGUGGAGCCUCCCAUGCUUGCUCUUGUUGAAAAGUACAAAUGCCCAUUGAUCGGCAUGCUCUCUCUGGAUGCACCUUCUGAAAUCUACCAAAGAUUAGGUAAUCCCACUCAUCCGUCUUUAUAUCCAGAUAUGCUGAGUACCAGCGACAUGAACUUGUCUUUGUCACAGAGAAUCGAAAGUUUUAUCGGAGUGUGCGUAUUUAAACUUAUCGGUAUUUACACCAGAAGUGUAGUAAACGGGAUGGUCCAAAAAUACUUCGGACCGAAUUACUCUUCAGUAGAUGACAUCAUGAGAAAUGCAAGUAUGCUCUUCGUUAACACCGACCCCAUUUUCCACAAUGUUAGGCCGUUGGUGCCGGGUGUUAUUCAAAUCGGAGGAGGUUCUCACCUGACAACUCCAAGACCGUUAUCUGCUGAUUUGCAAAAUUUGUUGGAUAGCGCGACCGAUGGAUUCAUAUACUUCAGUUUAGGUACAAACGUCAAAAGCAAGGACAUUCCGUCUGAUCUACGGGCAAACAUUCUCGAAACCUUCGCCGAGCUACCCUAUACGGUCUUAUGGAAGUUUGAAGCCGAAACUCUACCGAACAAACCAAAGAACGUGCACAUAGCGAAAUGGUUGCCGCAGCAAGACGUCUUGGGUCACCGCAACAUCAAGCUCUUCAUAACGCAGGGAGGAUUGCAGUCGACGGAUGAGGCGAUUUAUAGCGGGGUGCCUCUGCUUGUGAUACCAUUUUUCGGUGACCAAGCGCAUAAUAGCAAAAAGAUCGUUAACAAAGGCAUGGGACUCUCGAUCGAUUACACCAAGUUCGAAAAGGCGGAAUUUAAAGAGACAAUUUCGGAACUUAUUAACAAUUCAAAAUACCGAAACAGAGUGAAGGAGCUCGCGAAUUUGGCACUGGAUCAACCAAUGACCGGACUGGAACGGGCCGUUUGGUGGACCGAGUACGUGAUACGUCACAAGGGCGCGAGACACCUGAAAAGUCCGUUGUCCGACGUCCCCUGGCAUCAGUACUUGCUUUUAGACGUAAUUGCCGUUUUGUUAGUUAGUUUGGUUUUGAUCCUCUGCGCGGUCUACGUAAUAUUUCGUAUGCUAUGGCGCCUGCUAAGGAAAAUAUUGCCGAAAGGUCAUCAACAACAUAAAAAGAAUGAAUAAUCUAUUUUAGAGUUAUACUUUCAAUUUCAGGUGCUCCCUAAGACCGUGAGCUAAUAAAGAUAUGAAUUAA